GUUGGGUCAGACUAAAUAUUGUCCCCCCCGUAUGGAAGUGGUCUGUUUGUACAAAUGUACACAGCCCAGCCUAGUCUGGCUCUUAUAUAGGUCUCGAGUCUCCGAUUCAAUAUGAUUCAAGGGCAGUCAUGUCAACCAAGCCAAAAUCCCGCCAACAAUGUCAUUCGGCCAGAGUCCCUCCAGUGAAAAGAAAGAAUGGAAUACCAAAUGCAGACAGAAGCUAGCCGAUCACAUCAAAAAGCAGACGAACCUAACCGUGAGCCCCGGUGAUGUACGCUUGUCAACCAAGGGGACUGCCUACACUUGGAUAUACACACCGCAAAGCAAGCACCUGUUUUCCAAAAACCUUUCGACUCACAGCUUGGAAGGGUACAAAGAGCUUUAUUCCGAUGUUGGCCGUACGUUUUACGCCACUCUGACAGACCCAAAUUAUCAUAGAACAGAGAGCGACCGAGUCACGAGCGAGGAAGGAGGUGUGUCGAGCAAUCCCAGGCGAUUGUCUUGGACCGAGUUGGAAACUAAGCUUGUCAAUUUGGAAACCAGAUUUGCCACCUUGGAGGCAGAUUUUGGACUUUGCAACGCGUGGAAAUUCACGUUUCUUGGGACGCUUGUCUUGGUUACUCUUUUAACACUGACUUUAUGUUAUCAUAUAUAUUGAACCCCUAAAUGUCAUUUGGCCUCACAUGCCCUGAUCUUUGGGUGCUGCAUACUCAAAACAUCACAAGCCGCAAACGGCAGCGCGAGAAAUAAUGUCAACAUCGUUAUCUUUUUUAGAUAUGUAAUUAGCACAAUGAUGAAUACUUAUUCUUUUCCACAGAGAACGUAGCUGGUGUAUAAUCUAUUACUUGUCAUUGCUAUCUCAUGGCUAAUCGGCAGCGAAAAAAAGCGCUGUUUUGCCAAGUUGGUUUCAUUUGGACAGUUAUGUGAACGAGGCGUAGGGGAGAAGGAGCCAAUGGGUGCCAAUGUUCUCUGGGUUUCCUGUCAACUCGCGCUUGUCAAUAAUGCAAUAAUGCAUGGCGUACUAGAUGCAAACUUGGCCACUGGGCAGGUCUGAGUCAUACACUUAGCAACACCCUCGAAAGCCCGGUUUUGAUGUAACUAUUGGCUGCAGGUUAGACAAGAGGGUGAAAGUUUAUCGGAUUUCGGGG